UUUUAGGCCUAAUCAUCCUAAUAUCAAGGGUAUUUCCGUAAAUACGACCAAUAAUCAAGUCCACUAAUCCUUGAUUGACGAAAAUUUAAAAUAAUAUUAUACGGAAGCGAAGAUCCAACUUUGCCGUUUAGAAAGACGCCAUUUUCAGACGACCAAAGAGGAGAGAGAAAAUUAGACAGUUGCAUUUGUUGAACAGAGGAGAGGGGAACUAAGGUUACAAAACUGAGAAAUUGACGGAGUAGAAUAAAGCUUCAUUAAUGGCGGAAGAGCAAAAAGGCGAGCGAAGGCAUAGUGAAGAAAGCGUCAAAUUAUUUGUAGGUCAAGUACCUAAGCAUAUGACGGAAGCUCAACUUCUUGCUAUGUUCAAAGACUUCGCUUUGAUUGAUGAAGUCAAUAUUAUCAAAGAUAAAGUUACUAAAGCUUCUCGAGGAUGUUGUUUUGUGAUUUGUCCGUCGAGAGAGGAAGCAGACAAAGCGGUCAAUGCUUGUCAUAAUAAGAAGACUCUUCUUGGUGCAUCAAGUCCCUUGCAAGUGAAGUAUGCAGAUGGCGAACUUGAAAGACUAGAGCAUAAGCUUUUUGUUGGCAUGCUUCCCAAGAAUGUCUCCGAUGCUGAGGUUUCUGCUUUGUUUUCUCAAUAUGGAACAAUAAAGGAGUUGCAAAUCUUGAGGGGGUCACAACAGACAAGCAAAGGAUGUGCAUUUCUGAAGUAUGAGACUAAGGAGCAGGCUCUUGCAGCCAUGGAUGCUGUCAACGGAAACCAUAAAAUGGAGGGCUCAAAUGUUCCUUUAGUAGUUAAGUGGGCUGAUACCGAGAAAGAAAGGCAAGCUCGAAGGACUCAAAAGGCCCAGUCACGUGCUUCAAGUUUGGGAAAUGUUGAUCAAUCACGGCAUUCUUCCUUAUUUGGAGCCAUGCCAAUGGGUUAUGGUCCUGCAUAUAACGGUUAUGGUUACCAGGCUCCUGGAAGUUACAGCAUUAUGCCAUAUCAUAUGCCCCCAAUGCAAAACCAAUUCCAUAAUAUAGUUCCUCCUGUAAAUCAAGGAAAUGCUUUACGUGGUGUAAGACCUGCUCUUUCUCCUGGGGUAGCACCAAGAAGUUAUGUGGGAUCUGGUUAUCCUACAGUGCCAAAUCUUCAAUAUCCUAUGGCAUAUCCUGGAGGGAUGAUGACUCACGGACCUGUUAAUGGUUCUCCAGGCUCCAUACCAUCUGGUGUUGUAGAUAAUCCCUCGGGAUCGUCUCCUGGUGUAGGUUCAAGUUCUGGAAGUCAGGUCGAAGGACCAUCUGGUGCUAAUUUGUUUAUAUACCAUAUACCUCAAGAAUUCGGUGAUCACGAAUUAGCAAAUGCUUUUCAGCCAUUUGGCAGGGUCUUGAGUGCUAAGGUCUUUGUUGACAAAGCAACAGGCCUCAGCAAAUGUUUCGGAUUUGUUAGUUACGACUCCCCAGAAGCUGCACAAUCUGCUAUCAGUAUGAUGAAUGGCUUUCAAUUGGGAGGUAAGAAGUUGAAGGUUCAGCUAAAAAGAGAUAACAAACAGAACAAACAAUAUUGAUUUGAAGGCAUACCAUGCAUUGGAUGACGGUCAGCUUCAAAGUCUUCAUUCAAGCAAGAGAAGUGAGUGGUACAGAGAAAUUGGUAUCCACUUUGCGCUACUCUGCCCAAUUGAAAGUUCCAGCGGUUGUAAAUCUCGCAGGCUUGUAGCUGGUGGUGCCGAGACGACCAAUGUACUUGUAUUUUAUGUAUCAUGUAAUUCAUUUGGAUGUUUAAUUCUUAAUUUAUUGAUUCUUCCUCGAACAUAUCAUGCAGCUAUGACUCUGUAUAUUCUGCAAAAGCGAAAAAAGGGGUCGUUUCUUCAUUAUUUAACUCAUUGAUCUUUCAUACCACAACUAAUCCCAACAACCCCCCCAACUAAUAGAUGUAAAUUCUUUUAUUUCUUGAUUCUUGAUGGAUUUUGCUUGAUAAGCAUGAUCUUAAAGCUGUAAAUAUUUCUCUUUCUUUGGAUUGUUUGGGUGCUGGUAAAGACAAAUUUUUCAUAGUUCGAAAAGCCCAAGCAGAACCGUAUGCACAAGACUUCUUUCAAAAGUUCAGUGACCUAUUCUAUGCUGUCGAGAUUGUGCUAAUCCUGCUAGACUGAAGAACUCUUGCAUUAUACUCCUAUAUAUCGAGGUAAUUAUUUUUAGAAAUUAAUUUAUUUUGAUAGCAUGCACAUCAUAUGUAUAUUUUUACCCUACUUUUUCAAAAUUUAUUUAAGUGCUGGUUGCUUUCUGGAGGUAUACAAUGAAAGACAGGAAUCUUGCAGGUAUAUCUUAUUCAACUUUUUUUAAUCCGCAGAAGUUGCAGCUAACUUUAGUAUUGAUUGCUUGAUUAAAAUAUUUCUCGUGUGAUAUUUCUUGCAAAAAAAAGUGGAUCCUCAGCAUCUAGACAUGAGUAGGUGAAGAGCCUUUGUUGACUGAUUUCUAGAAGUCUCGCUAAGGUUAAUGUGAGGGCUUCAUUGAAUUUGGUUUUAUGUCAUUUUUAUGGAAAAGUCUAAUGAUACACUUAUAGAGCUAAAUAUUUAUACAUUUUUGGUUGUCGGUUGUAAUGAAUUAUAGUAAAAUGACUUAAUAAUUCAUUGGAAAAAUUGCCCUCAAUAAUCCAACACUUAUUCGAUUUCUCAACAAUAAUCCUGACUUUUAAUUAACCAUGAAUAAUACUAGUUAAGAAGGGUUGGAUCUCGCUAACAUUCGAAAUUACUUUGAACUUGUUAAACAGGUCAUUUAGGAAAAAAGAAACUUAAAAAUUAAUCCAAAAUCACUAAUUUGAGUCAAUCCACCACCAUUGUCAUCAUCAUCUUAUCCAGUGUAUCUCGCCCUUAAAACUAUGAGCAGAGUCUGGAAGGGAAGGAUGGCGACAACUCAUACCCAUAAACUGAGAGCGCGGCUAAUAAAUGCCUCAACUCGAGAAAGAUCAUGAGUAUUACUUACAAAGAAUAAGACUGAGUGAAGUUAACGUUAACUCCACAAGCAUGUAUCUUAUCAACCCACCAUCAUUGUCAUUGAAAGGAAAGAUUAGUGGAAGCCAUUUCAACUACCACUCCUCCCCUUCCCCCUCUGCCACCAAUCUCAUUUCAACCUUCGUAACCCUUUAAUGGUUCAUCUUCAUUUUUUCCCUUCUCUUCAUCUUCAAUCUAACAACACCAACACUUUAAUGGCUUUAACUUCAUCCUGAGCAAUCAUAACCCUUUAAUGGUUUUAUUUUUCAUUUUAUUUCUCUUCAUUUACAAAUUACCUACAAUAGUAGGUAAAUAUAUUUGCUUGGAUGCUAAAAGGAUCCCUGAAUUUCCGACCCCUUAACGAAACCAAAACCGUAAAAUCGGAGGUGUUACAAAAA